UUGAUCCUCAGUCGAAGAGAAAACGUUAUGUGUCUGGAGCUCGUGGGAUUCUGUCUUUAAUGGUUGGAGCCAGUCACAAAGGAAAGGCUGACGAUAAACAAAAGGUACUUCAACGGCUUGAAAGAACCAUAACCAGUGAAUGCAAAAUUAUCAGGCGAUCAAUGGACAAGGCUAUCCAGGCAUUUGAGAAGAGUCUCAAUAACGGGAUUGAAAAAUCCCAAAGGUCAUGUGAAAAACGGUUAAAGUCUGUCAUCCGUCCGCGAGGCAGUGGCAGCGGUUUUCAUAAAACACUCCGGAGUGUUGUUGAGAAAGGCGGCGUUCACAAAACACAAAAAGGGAAAGAAAUAAACCUCAACAUGACUUUAUCUUCAUCACUGACUAAGAGCAUUGAUAAAGAAUUCAUGAAGACUUUCCCAAAUGACCGCGAAAAGGGAGCAUUCCGCAACUCCAUCAAGAAGUUUUCACUUCGCGCAAAUCAGCUGACCAAAAAGCACAAAGAUUUGGAACUGAUCCUGAUCUUUCUCAAGACAGAGGAAGACAAAAUAAAAACCACAGUGAACUCAACCAUUCGUGACGUGAAGAAAAACAUCUACCUCAGUCUGACUGAGACGAUUGAAGACAGAAUGAAACCGGCCUAUGAAAGGGCAGCAGGAUUCAAAGGAAAAGACUCAUUGAAAAAAAUGAGGGAAACACUUGAGAAUCAUGUGAAAGAAUCCAAGAGUCAAAUGUUCAGAGAGGCAAAAGACAGGAUGCUGGUCCUGCUGAACGAGCUUCGGGAUAAGAUUGUGAUGGAUUUCGAGAACACACUGGAGAACUCAGUGAAACUCUCACUGUGUACUGAUGGUACUUCAGUCCCAGAUGUUUCAAAAGAGCUUGAUGCAGUGAAUGACAUCUACGAUAAACUGGAGAGAAGCAGUCGCUGAUCGACAUCAAGGAAACACUGAUUACUGACUCCAGGAUUCAUUCCAGAUGUUUUCA